GUGAAAUUGAUAAUUGAAAUAGACAGAAUAAUCAAUUCAUAAUAGAUAAUUGUUAAUUUUUAUAAUGUGUAGUUAUAUGAUAUGAAUCGGGUAUUCUUUAUGAGUUUGAUAUGCUGCCAAGACCUAUAUCAUUGUACUUAUCAUUCAAUCAGGAACAUUAAAUUCUAAAUGAUGAAAAUAUAUUUAUCUUCCUCCAGAGUUUCGGUUACUUUGAUGAAGUCAUUAAUUUUGAAGUUAAUUGAAUCUUUAUAAUUUAUCAUUAUUCUCCCAUCUUUCUAUGUGUUUAUAACUGUUUAAGUAUUUUCAUUUUCAAGGUGAAGUAUUGAGUCUGAACAAUCAAGGGUUGUUAAACUAUAAGCAAGCACUAGAAUCGUAUGUAGGACAACUUUUGAAAUAAUUAGAAGGUCCAUCCAAUAUUUAAGUUAAUUGCUAUUUCUUCAAAAUUUGAGAUAUGCUUAUUGAUGAUCAAUGUAUUUUCUUUUCAAAAGAGAAAGCUAAAUAAAUGAUUGUGCAAAUGACUAUUUGGAUGGGGGGGGGGGGGCAGGGGAGAGUAAGGAAAAGUAAGAAUGAGCUAAAAACAAUUGAAGGGGGGACAACAUGAGCAAUGUGAAAAGAAAAUCCUUAGAAGUCCCGAACAAGCCAAAGUGAGCGAGCAAUUUUUGUUUACCUAUUCAAAAUGAAAAUUGCAUUUUGUGAUAGAUUUUGACAUAUUAAAAAAAAUUACAUCUUAUUCUUUCUUUCCUUAUCUCCUUUUUUCAUGGACAUGGAAAUAUUGGGUAUGUAUUGCCCCAAGCCCCCCCCCCCCCCCUCAUAUUUACGUCAGUGGCAGAGGGUAAAGGCCCAUGUAUGAGCAUUCCACUCCAGCUAGAACGCGUUUUCAUUUCCAAAAGGUCAAAAAUAUUCAUCAAUAUAUAUAUAUUUUUUUAUUCCUCUCAUAUUUCUAUACUGUUUAGUCCAAAAUGUUUUCAGACCCAAUCUUCAGACAUUUUGAUAUGUUCGUAACAUCCCGUGAGUAACUCUAUUAUGAUAUUGAGAUAUUUAUAUCCCGAUAUCAUCUGUUAUGAUGAGCUUUUUAUCAAGUUACAUCUGGAUCCGGUGGUAUCCUACAUCGUGAGAAAUGUAGUUUACCCGUACAUCGUCGCGCCUUGCGAAAUGCCUCGCCGAAUCAAGCGCGCGCUCGCGCUCCCGAUCGAUCGCGGCGCAUAUUAGUAAUUAUGUCAUCUAUCCACAAGUAGAAGCAGAACAGAUUAAGGAAACUAACUUCGCAAAAUCGUCAGUUAAUUUGAGAUUUUGAGUACGAUCAGUAUGGCAGCAAACGGCAUUACAGUUGUAGAAACCGUCUCCGAAUUACUGGGCAAGGCAAACUCGGCAUUUGAGGAGAAAUUUGGAGAAAAGGCGACCGUGGCAGGAUGUGCCCCUGGACGAGUGAAUCUGAUCGGUGAGCACACGGAUUACAACGAUGGUUUUGUUUUCCCAAUGGCAUUGCCGCAGGUUACAAUUCUGGUAGGACGGAAGACAUCGUCUGGAGUUUGUCGCGUUCUAACCACAGCUGAAGGAACAGAUGAACCGAAGUACACUGAAUUUCCUGUUCCUACCGCAGAAAAGCCACUAGAACCUGGUCUACCCAAAUGGGCCAAUUAUGUGAAGGGUGUGGUGCAGAACUUCAAAGGUACACUGUGUUCAUUUGAUGCUGCCGUUGUGACAUCGGUACCUCUUGGGGGUGGUGUGUCCAGCUCUGCCUCCCUGGAGGUGGCUACCUACACAUUCCUGGAGGAACUCACGGGAUGCAAAGCAUCCAACCUGACGGAGAAGGCCCUCGCUUGUCAGAAGGCAGAACACGAUUUUCCCAAGAUGCCGUGUGGAAUCAUGGACCAGUUUGUAUCUGUGAUGGCGCAGGAAGGAAGUGCUUUACUGUUGGAUUGUAGGACGAUGGGUACCACCCAGGUACCCCUUAGUGACCCUAAUAUGGUGGUCCUCGUCACAAAUUCCAAUGUCAAGCAUGAGCUUACGGGCAGUGAGUAUCCCACAAGGAGGAAACAGUGUGAAGAGGCUGCUGCUAUGCUGGGCAAGAAGAGUCUCAGAGAUGCUACGGAAGAUGAAUUAAAUGAUGCCAAUAAUAAUUUUCCUGAUGUCACCGUGUUUAACCGAGCACGUCAUGUGAUUGGUGAGAUCAGGAGGACAACAGAUGCUGCAACAGCGCUGCAAAAGGGUGACUAUGACCUCUUUGGCAAGUUGAUGGUAGAAAGUCAUAAAUCACUCAGUGGCGACUACGAGGUUAGCUGUCCAGAAUUAGACCAGCUGGUCGAGGCAGCCAUGUCAGUUGAUGGUGUUUAUGGAUCACGCAUGACAGGAGGAGGUUUCGGAGGAUGCACAGUAACGCUCCUGAAGAAGGAUGCUAUCGAACGUGCUGUACAAACCAUCAAGGAGAAAUACAGUGGUACACCAACCUUUUACCUAUCAGUUGCAUCCAAAGGGGCACAUGGGCUGAAGCUUUGAACUUGGCAACAAAUCGUCAACUUCCUAUAGUUCUUCAAGUAUUUACCCACACAGUAAGCAAUCUAAAUAAGGAGGAGCAGUAAUUUUGGUAUUCUUUUCCUUGGAGGGUUCAUCUGCGAGGAAUCAAGCAGCUACUUUGUUGAAACCAGCAGCUGCCAUAUUUAUUGUCCAAUUCAAAAGAGUGUGAAUCAAGAAACUGAAGAAAAACGACCUCUGCAGAUUUUUACUCAACAGUUGCGCUGAUGUCAUGAAACUUUUGUGACGGGCGGAAAUUUGGUGUAUUUGAUAACAUUUACGAUUCUGUAACAUCAGCUAUUGUAAAAUUUUGAUCCCGUGCAAGUUCUGAACAUUGUUUGCAAAUCACAAAGUAUUAUUAUUAGGUGCAAAUAUUUAACAGAAUUAAUUCAUUAUCAUGUGUAUUGUAUCAUGAACCUCUGUAAAGAUAUAAAAUGAAUUAUGAUGAAGCAGCUGCUGUUAUACUAACCUAGAAGUUUUAUAGGGAUGGGAACUGGGAAGGUGAUGAUAUGUGACUCAAUUAUUACAUGUCAGCAAAAAGAGAAAAAAUAUGAAGAAAUGGGCUUUAAAAAGAUGAUAAAAGGGGAAAAAUUGUAUCGUGUCAUUAGGAUUGCCAAAUAUGAUCAAAUUAUAGCAAAUAAAUCAUCAUUGUAUUUUUGAGGAGCUCAGUCUCAUUGUCUAAAAUUUCACUUUUGCCAAGAAAGUGUCAAGUCCAUGAUUUGCUGAAUUUACUGACAUAACUUAUGGUUGCCACAUUGUCCUUCUGCAUUGGCUUUUACACAGUGACGGCGGAAGCCAAACAAUUUAGGCGGGGACCACCAAAAAUUUUUGACAAGCAAAAAAAAAAAAAAAAAAAAAAAGGUUAUCAACUAAAAAUUUAGGGGGGGGAUCGUCCCCCCCACCUCAAAUUUAGGGGGGGACAGGUCCCCGCCGCCUAUGCUUUUACAUGUGAUGAGGUGUUCUUGCUCUGUGCAUUUCCAAGCCCUUUUUUCAGUAAGAUGAAAAUAUUCAAAUGGAAAACACUGGGACCAGACAUUGUAUAUCAGGUAUCUAAAUAUCAUUUAAGAAGUCUUUAUAAAGAGUGUCCAUAGUAUAUAUUUUACUAUUGUAUCCAAGUUAUAUCUUUCCAAAUAAUUAUGUAGUCAAGAUGUUUAUACUAAUGAAUACCUCUCAUGAGUUCGAAUGGCAGUAAUUUUCUUGUAAAGGUGAACAUUUGAUAAAAAUAUUUUUACAUUUUUUAAUAGAAUGAUGGGAUAGUGGUAUGUGCAAAGAUUGUAUCAUAGCUCAUUCGUUUUUAAUUUCAUGGUAGAGAAGUGACUUUAUACUAAACAAGGGAAAUAUUAUUGAGGACUAAACUUUUUUCACUUAAGGUAUAUUUUUGUUGUAACUUUUACCCUUUUAUAUUUAUAUUUUCAGAGCACAUAUUUUUCACCAUAUUGGUCUCAUGGUAUAUUUUUUCACUUCAUCUGACAAUUUUGUUUCAUAGAAAAGGGAAAAUUAGUAUUCUGGAGAUUUGCACAAAAUUUGUUCAGACUUUAAACUGCCUUUAAGCAGAAAGUCCAACACUCUUUUACCUGUUACUGUAUUAUAGUUGAUAUGAUUUC